AUGUUCCGCCUGAUCCUCCGCCAGCCCCGGGUGUGGGCGCCGGCACGCCACUAUCUCCGGCUCAAUUCGUCGCUUGCCGCCAAGUACGAAGCCAAGUUGGCCGAGAAAGCUAAGCAAUUAGGCCUCAAAGACGUCGAAGAGUUGAAGCAACACUUGAAGGAUGAGAUCGAGGAGAAGAAGAAACAGAUGAACCACGUCGACCCUUUAAAAGAAUUAGAGGAGUUUGAGCGUCAACAGCAACAGGAAUACGACCAGGACCGCCAGAGAAUCACCAAGGACCGGGGUGCCGUCGAUCCCGACGCCCCCAAGUUGCCGUAUAAAACGCUUGAUCUGUACAUCGACGCUGCCAAAGUUAAGGGAUUACCGUUAGAUGAUGUUGAGGCGAUCUGGAGAGCUCGUUGGUCUAGUAACGACCGCAGUUUGCAUGCGGUGGUGAAAGCUGAGCUGUUUAUGAAGAUGUACGCUAAUGCGUUUAAAAACCCCAGCUUUAUCCUCCCUGUGCCUAAGGGUGAGGAUGGCUACGAGAUGAACUUUGUCCAGUGGUCGUUCCCUGGUCCUCAGACCACUCAUUGCAUGGUGACGACGGUGGCGGAAUACAAAUUGCACAAGGAGUACGCUAAACCCCACACCACGUUGGAGUUCCACCAGGAGCUUAUGCCUGAGCUUGGCGUGGUGCUUAUGAACGGUCACGUCGAUAAGGACUCGCUGGUGUCGAUGGACGAGGCCCACUUGACCGUGCUCAACAUCCAGAGAUUCUACCUGGGCGAUGACGAGGCCAAGUUGCAGUUGUUGCGCCUGUUCACCGCCGGCGACGAGAACUUCGACAUCAAAAGAUUAGUCGAGGAGUCCACCAGCGUCUAG